CCGUCCGUUCCAUAACGCCGGCGUCCGACCUACCUUCUUCGCCGCUGUGUUCGCUGCACGGCCCCACAAUUCGACCUCCCCACUUAUGAACGGACUCCAGUCCGUCACCAUUUCUCUGGGCAAGAGAAUCCGAUGCCUCCCGACGUGUCCGCAAGGGACCCGCGGUAGAACCAUCUCGAGACGCCUCACCCGGGCACUGAGCACGGGAGCCGAGGACCCCGCAACGGAGCCGCCAUUGCUGCCAACACCGUCAUUCCACACCCAGCUCGACCCGACCUCCGUCCGCCGCAUCCUGAAGGACUCCAUCGAUGCUGUCAAGCGCCUGCAGAGCGUGCUGGACUAUGUCGUGCGGGAGUACGAGGUGGCCCGCAGCACCACCGAAUCGCACGCCGCCUCGGCACCCCCGGCGGAACCCCUGGAUUCAUCGUUGACCGGCCUCGAUCCCAUCCCCGUCCCCUCGCCGCAGUCGCCGCGAGGUGGCCUCCUCCGUGCCAUCGACCAGAAGAAGGGCGGCCUCAUCUGGGACAAGUUCAUGCAGACGUACGUCAACUUUCUGUUGACGCGGAGCAUCAAGGGGAACGAUUUCAGUGCGCUGCUGUUGUCGUUGAAGGCCGAUGAUUACCUGGAUCUCAAAGCUCGGCAUCGCCUGGCGGCCGACGGAAGGACGUACUAUCUCAUCUCAGAGGAGAAGGCGUUUGCGGAAUUCAAGAGGAAGCUGGUCACCGUGGUCAAGGCAAUGCAGAAGGCGGGGCACAAGCUGACGGUCAGGGAGUAUGGCCAUCUGAUCGACUGUGCCAGGGCCGGUGGAGAUCCGAAGAUGGCAGAGGUCUACUGGAAUGAUAUGUGUGGUCGUGAGUAUCUGGUCGAUACAUGGGCGUACAAUUCGUUCAUGGCGGCAGUCAGCGGAGGUGCCGCGUAUGAGCGCGAAUAUAAGGUCAAUGAGAAGAGCGUUGACCAUCGUUCAAAGAGGAAGGACCUCUAUGUCACCAGAGCGAAGAGAAUCUUCCGGAGAAUGCUCGAUAAGGGGGUCUCGCCCAACAGCAUGACGUUCGAUAUCCUUAUGCUUGCAACGGCCCGUAUGGGGGAUCUCCACAGCGUGUCGGUAACGCUCAAGGAGAUCUGGGGGGUGGACGUGGACGGGCUUCCGAACGAAGCUGCCGUAAGGGACAAGGAGAGCCGGGUCACCAUCCGCCCCGACUCGCCGCUGUAUCCCACCGGCCAUACACUCCUCGCCAUCGCAACCGCGUUCUGCCAAAACGGAAGCGUCGACAAGGCCAUCCGAACGGUCGAUCACCUCUCGAGACUAUACGACAUACCGAUUCCAGUGCCCGUCUGGGUCACACUUCUCAACUGGACAUACGUGUACUCCCGCCAACGCACCGACCACGAACACUCGCUCCCCGCCGCCGCCCUCGAAGGACUCUGGAACAUCAUGACCGGCGAACCCUACCGCAUCUCACCCACCGUUGAUAUGUACGACUACAUCAUUCGCUCGUACCUCUGGCGACGAAUGCCCGGCAUGGCGGAGCAGAUGAUGGAGUCAGUAAUGACCUCACUGGUUCGGUCCAUCGUCUGGAGGGCACGAAGCAUCGAGACACGCAUGGCGCACGGUCGGAUCGUUCGUGGACCCGAGGACGCUGGCGAAAUGGUGGAGAAGAAGGUGACCUACACGGCUGACGAGAUAGCCGCGCUUCGCAAACAAGUCGCCGCACUGGUCAGGGACGAGCACAGACUCCGCUCAAUGCUCCGCCGAUGGACGGAGUUGAUGGUAGUUGGGAAGGAUCUGGAAGUCACAGCGUUCGGCACACAGGAGGUUCCCAGGAUCAUCGAGAAGUGGGGGUGUUUCCUGGGACGGGACGUGGUGUACGUGCUCAGGUCUGGACAUGUGGAGUUGGAUCUGGCGAAGGAGAAUGAGGAGGAACUCUGGGAGGUCAUCACCACCAGGAAGAGGAGGUGGAUGUACAUGGCUCUGGGGACGGGGGCGAAGGAGGAGGACGAUUUCUUUUGAUUCCGGCAUUCCGUGGCUACUUCUUUAGUGGUGGACUGGGCGGUUAUUGGUGUAUUCAUGUUUUGUUUCUUCUUCUUCAAUGGUGGACUGGGCGGUUGUGGGUGUAUCUUGUUUUGUUUCUUCGUUGUAUAUAUCCUUUCAGUGUUUAGAUCUUUUGCAUUCACGGGGAGCCAAAACUGGGAUAUGGUUGCAUUGGUUGGGGGACAUUCAAUCUAUA